AUGUAUCGUGAGGAUAGUCUCAGAAAAUCCGCUAUUAAUUAUUUAACAAUCAAUAUGAUGAAAAGUAGUUGGACUUUAGCUAAAGAUGAUUUAGAUAAAAUAGAACCAGAUACAUUAAUACCGCAUUUAAAUAAUUUUAUUCUUAUUGAAUUUCGAUCACUUGGCGGUGUCGGCAUCUAUCAUGAAUUACGUGUUUUUCGUAAUACUUAUGGAAAUUUUCAUCGUUCACGUGAUGAAAGUUCAACAAGAAAUAUUUCAAGAAGAAAUGAAGAUCGACAAAUUUCAACAUCAUUACCGACAGCAACUGUAUCAUCAACAAAUACAAAUACGAGAAAUGUUUCAUCAAAAUUAGCUAGUGUUCGUUCAAGUUUACUUUAUUUUCAACUCUAUGCUGCAAGAAGUCCAUCAUUAUCAGUGGUAGAUGAAAUGGCACUUGCGACCAAUAGUAAUCUUAUGUCAACAAGUUUAUUUCCAUUUUACCAUAUAUUUUCUUGA